GAUACGCAAGAAUUCCUCCGCUGCCUGAUGGACCAACUUCACGAAGAGCUGAAGGAGCCGAUGACGGCCGAACUGCGCGACUUGGACGCGAGCGACACAGAUGACAAAAGGGAGGGGGACCGCAGCCCCUCGGAGGACGAGUUCCUCUCCUGCGACUCAAGCAGUGACCGCGGGGAAGGGGAUGGGCAGAGCAAAGCGGGCUCAGCCGAAGCGGAGCUGCUGAUCCAGGAGGAGGCGGGGGGUCGCAGCAUCUCCGAGAAGGAGCGGAUGAAGGAGCGGAAAUUCUCCUGCCACCAACGGCGGAGCAACUCGGAGCAAGUCGACGAAGAUGCUGACAUUGACACCUCGGUGAUGGCGGUGGAGGGCGGGGCUUCUCCGGAAGGACUUCUCCCGCCCCCUCCUCGACCCGCCAGCCCUGCGAGGACCCCAGAACCAGAUAAUGACGCCUACCCACGUUGUUCCUCGCGGCCCUGCAGCCCUGUCCACCACCACCACGAAUACGCCAAACUCUCGACUCCUCCACAUUCCAGCCCGGUGAGGCUGGGACACUCCUACGUGCUGAAGAAAGCUCAGUUGCUGACCUCUGGAAAAAAGAAGAAAGAAUUGCGUUACCGUAGCGUCAUUUCUGACAUUUUUGAUGGAUCCAUUCUCAGCCUCGUCCAGUGCCUCACCUGUGACCGAGUCCUCUGCAUCCACCUGAAGCGCUUCCGGCACGAGGUCAUGUACUCUUUUAAAAUCAACAGCCACGUCUCCUUCCCGCUGGAGGGCCUGGACCUCCGGCCCUUCCUGGCCAAGGAGAGCAUCUCCAAAGUCACCAACUACGACCUCCUCUCGGUCAUUUGCCACCACGGCACGGCCGGCAGUGGACAUUACAUUGCCUACUGCCAGAACAUGAUCAACGGCCAGUGGUACGAAUUUGACGACCAGUACGUGACGGAGGUGCACGAAACGGUCGUGCAGAACGCCGAGGCUUAUGUCUUGUUUUACAGAAAAAGCAGCGAGGAGGCUGUCCGGGAGCGCCAGAAAGUCGUCUCGUUGGCCACCAUGAAGGAGCCCGGCCUGCUGCAGUUUUACAUCUCCCGGGAAUGGCUGAACAAAUUCAACACCUUCACUGAGCCCGGGCCCAUCAGCAACCACAUCUUCCUCUGCUCCCAUGGAGGAAUUCCACCAAAUAAAUACCAUUACAUUGACGAUCUGGUGGUGAUUCUGCCCCAGAAUGUCUGGGAAUACCUGUAUAACAGGUUUGGGGGUGGCCCAGCCGUGAAUCACCUGUACGUCUGUUCGGUGUGCCAGGUGGAGAUUGAAGCGCUGGCGAAGCGGAGGAAAAUGGAGAUCGACACCUUCAUCAAGCUGAACAAAGCUUUCCAGGCGGAGGAGUGUCCCAGCGUCAUUUUCUGUAUCAGCAUGCAGUGGUUCCGCGAGUGGGAGGCCUUCGUCAAAGGGAAGGACAACGAGCCUCCAGGUCCGAUCGACAACACUAAAAUUGCCGUGUCCAAAGGAAGUGGCCACAUGCAAGUCAAACAGGGAGCCGAUUACGGGCAGAUAUCGGAGGAGACCUGGAUCUACUUGAGCACGCUCUACGGCGGAGGCCCCGAGAUCGCCAUCCGGCAAAAUGUGGCCCAGGUGCAGGAGGUGGAAAGUCUCCACGGGGAGCAGAAGAUCGAAGCCGAGACCAGAGCGGUUUAAAACAAGGGAGACAUUCAGGUCGUCUCCCCCUUCAAACUCCUGUGUUUUGGAAGUCAGCACACAUCCAUCCGCUGCUCUCACCACUACCGCCCUCUGCCCAGCCGGCCCCUUGGCCACCAGUCUUAAUUUGAGGCUCGGUGGCUCCUCCCUCCCUCUUUGCCAGAGAGCAGGGAGGCUGACCGCAUCUCGCCUGCCUACAUUCGUCCCCAAAUCGUCCGGUUCCAGGCCAGGAAGAGCACCUGGUCCGGUUUGGUCUCCUGCUUUCUCAUCCCAUCCACCUUCAGAAGCUGGGACAGGAUUCGCCGGGAUAAAUUUUGGGCCGCCCUUGGAAGGAGGAUCCGGUGUCACCACCGUUCCCCUUCGUCACCUUUGCUGGGCUUUUGUGACUUGAGGUACCAAGGAGCGGUGCACCAUGGUCUCGGUUCUCCUUUUGGUUCCCCUCCUGAAUUAUUUACCUGGAUGCAGGAAAGAUUUUGAAGCCACCUGGAAAGGACCUGGGCGGUUGAAAGGAAUACCUGGGCGACAGGUGUUUGUUGUUUUUUUUCUCUUCCUUUUGUGGCACACAAAAAAACCUUUUUUUUCCUUCACCCGUACGGGUCAAACGGUUGGGUGCAACCCCCCAAUUCCCUUCUAUUUAUCUAUUUAUUUGCAAGGAAUGGGUUGACCUUGGCUCUUCUCGUCUCUGCCCCAAGUAUUGCCCAGCACAACCCCUAAAACCAAGCACGGACUUCAAGCCAGAUCAACAAACACGCUUGAAUUUUUCAUCCAGCGGUUCCUUACACGCACCCCAAACGGCUACAGCCCCCCCCCCUCAAAUGUUACAAAGAAGUGAGGGAACCCUCUAACAUCUGUGCGCCGAAAGAGGUUGAGCAUAUCCUGGAAGGAUCUGACAAGGGAACGGGGGGGAGGAACGGGACACCCCCAUUCUCUGUCAGUCGAUGCUGACGUUCGCCCCCAUGUUCCUGCAAAACUUCCUUUCGGGGACUCGUGACUUUCUCCUCCACCUGGGUGAUGCGUAGGGCAAAAGAUGGAGCUCGGAGUGUUUUUUCCCCCCAGGCAAACGUCCGUCCCACUGUGGACGUGGACUAAGAGCAGGACUCUUGGACGUCUCCGCCUUUCGCUUCUCCGACGGAGCCCCGGUUCCUAAUCCUCAAGAGAUUCUUCACUCUCCUAGCAAUUGGUCACUCGGCAACUUUCUUCCCCCAAACCUGCCCACAGUCUCUCACGUUUCGACCCAGGUUGGAAUGGCGUCGCCCUCAACAAGCCAGUUUAUUAUUAUUAUUAUUAUUAUUUUUCUGGAGAAAGGAGGAGGAAGAGAUGCAGAAUGAAACGUGGGUUUGGGAGAAGCUGCUUGGAAGACGUCAGUGGCAAAGGACGGGUUGGGGACUCACCUGGAGAGAGAUCCUGGCCAAGGGGUUUGGCUUCACCUCUUAUCUGCUGGAUGCCGUUUCCUCCCCCUCCCACGGUCCUUCUGUGGGAGGGGCCGCCUUGUUUUCCAUCGUCCCUCCUGGGUCUACUUUGCAGAGACGGGGGGAUUCGGACGAUUCAUCCCGGUGCCCCAAAAUGGAUUUUGUUUUAUUUUUUUUCCUGCCGAGAACAUCAGCCAAUAAAACCCGCUCGCAUUCA